UUCAUCCUAUUUUAAAGGUUAUGUUGGUUUAUGUGUAAAAGGGUGACAAUAUUGAUUGUUGAAGAUGUUUAAAAAAUUCCAUAAACUACCUCAAAGGAAACAAUUCAACUUGAAACCAGAUGAAUUGUUGGAAGAUAUAAAUAAAGUUAGUGGUGACGAAGAUCAGAGAAAUAAAUUGUAUAUAUGCAUAGAAGAUAAAAUUCCACCUCAAGAAAACAAGUUCACCAAAAUUGAAGACUUUCUACAUCGUUCAGAUAGAUUGGAAAACCUAUCAGAGACGUUAAUUGAGUUGUCAGAUGAAUUAGGAGCUUUAGAAAAACAACUUAAACUAGCUUCAUGUCAUCUUAAAGAUAUGGUAUCAGAAACAUUAGUUAAACAUAGUUCAUAAUAUUCAAUCACUUUAUUAUGUUUUUUUAUUGUUACAUUAUGCUAUUAAUUCACGAAAAUAAAAACUUAUUAUAUAAGGAGUCUAUAUGAGUUGAGACUAUAAUGGUAAUUGGUAUUCUGCUGCUAUUUGACGAACGUUUGGGUCAUUGCCACCAACGCAAAAACUGCAUGGGUAAACUAAAAUAAUAUAUAGAAAAGUAUGUAAAUUAUAAGUUUUAUAAUAAAUAAUCCAUCACCCUA